CCAUACUCAUGUUGAUAUUAUUUAACGUUUUUACCAUACUGCUACUUUUCGUAUGGCCGACAGAUGACAAUAUUGGUGUCAACUGUCAGUGAUGUCAGUUUCAGUGGCGGUGUAGGUUAUUUUCGUGUAAUGUCAGUGAGAAUGAACGUCAAAACUGUUUGUUGUAAACAGAAAACAGUGUCCUAAUCAAUGGAUGUAUAAUGAAGAUUACUUGAAAAGAGGAGCUGUUUGGACAGCAGAAUGAACAUAAUGCGGAAGUUUCGGGGAGGGACCCUCCCCUCCAUGUCACAAGAUGAAGCUAACUCUAACCCUCAGCAUACAGCUCUGGGAUUAAUGCACCUUAAGAAGUUAUUCUCUGAAUAUACUCAUCCCUCACACCCACUGACUGAAAAAGAACGUGAUGAUAAGCUGUAUAAUAUGUUACCACUGUUUUGCAAGGUAUUUGGCAACAGUCCAUCAGCUGACAUGAUGGAAAAGUUCCGUGACAUUCUAGCAUUUUGUCAACAAGUAUCCAAACUCAUGGUGUCAGAAAUGAGGCGUCGAGCUUCAAAUCAGUCGACUGAGGCAGCUAGCUGUGCCAUUGUGAAAUUUCUUGAAAUAGAAAACUCAGAGGAGUCAAGUAAUGGCUGGAUGUUGCUUUCGACUCUUAAUCUUCUCGCCGCUGGUGAUGCUUCACUGGUGCAGGUUAUGACGUCAGUAGCAGUGCCUUCCACACUUGUUAAAUGCUUGUACCUCUUUUUUGAUCUUCCUGAGAUAGAAAACCCAGAGACAGCUGAAACUGGAAGUGAUUUUACUCCUAGAGAGAGAAGAAUUUUGUUACAAAAGAUAUUUGUGCAGGUACUUGUGAGGCUCUGUAGCCACACCGCACCUGCAGAGGAACUUGCUCGCAAGGACGAUCUCACACUUCUGUUCUCUGCCAUAACUAGCUGGUGUCCUCCGCAUAAUGUAAUGUGGCGCAAGAGCGCGGCAGAAGUCCUGAUGACACUGUCGCGGCAUGGUCUCACUCAGCCUGUUGUCAGUUACAUACACAAUAAGGGUUGUGUAGCUCUCUGUAUUGAAAAUAUGCAAAGAGUUCAAGAACUGACACCCCUAGAAAUUGUUGAGAUGUUUGUAACUGUGUUCUGCUUCCUGAAAGAUUCCAGUGAAGUCUCUCAGACACUGCUUGAUGAUUUUCGCAGCUGUCAGGGUUAUGUUUUCCUGUCCGAAUUCCUUUUGAAGUUAGAACAUGACACUAGCCCAGAAUCUCAAGAAGCCAUCCGUAACCUGGUUCUGAUGGUGGCUUCUCUUGCGAUGUGUGGUUACAUUGAACUACGCCCUAGCCAGGCUAGUAUGGGUUCCCUCUUUAAAAUCAGCAAUUUCUCAUUGCCGCAGCCUUCAGGGAGAGGAGCCAGUGUGAGAAAUAUACAGGCCUUUCAAGUACUACAAUCUGUUUUUCUUAAAUCGAACUGCCCUGCAUUGUGCUGCACCAUUCUUGAUGCAAUUUCUAGUGUAUAUCAUGCAGAUAACGCAAAUUACUUUAUACUUGAGGGACAGAACACCCUUUCUCAAUUUGCCGAAAAAAUUCAUCUGAAAACACAAGAAAUACAGGAGAAAUUUUUCCAGCUUCUGGAAUUUAUAGUAUUUCAACUGAAUUUCGUACCCUGCAAAGAACUCAUAUCACUGUCAAUACUUCUGAAGGCACAGUCUUCUGUCAGUUGCAGCAUAAUAUGUAUGCAAACUUUGCUCAACAUUCUAAGUUCUAAACACAAUGAAAUUUUCAAGAAUGUCUACAGAGAAGUUGGAAUCUUGGAAGUAUUUGUGACAUGCUUGCACAGGUAUGCUGCACUGCUGAAAGAGAAGAAGCAAGCAGUGGAUGAAGGCAAAGAUUAUGAGAUUCCAGCACCAAGUGAAAAACUGGGAAUGCUUGUAAUGGAAGCCCUAACAUUGUUAUUGCAUUCAAAUGCAAGUAAUGCAGCAGUUUUCAGAGAAAGUGGUGGUGCUCGCUGUGCCCACAAUCUUGUUCCUUACUCUGAAUGCAGGCAGCAGGCAUUAGGAAUUGUUCGUGAACUUCUGCUUGGUGCUGGAGGUGAUGAUGACAUGGGAACUCUCCUGGGUAUGAUGCAUUCUGCACCAGCAUCAGCGCUGCAGCUAAAAGCCCACAUUUUGAAGUCUUUGCUGAUUUGCCUGCGUGAAAGCCAUCGAUGCCGUACGGUAUUUCGCAAAGUUGGUGGCUUUGUGUAUGUAAUGAGUGUUUUGGUAUCUAUGGAGGGCUGCCUGUCUGGACAGCCAUCUCAACCCUGGGAGAGUAUACCGUACACCCAGGUGCUGCAUUUACUGCACAUGGUCUUUAAUACAGUUACUGUUGCCAUGCGCUUCGAACCUGCAAAUGCCAAAUUUUUCCAUAAUGAGAUAUGCUUAACAAGCCUCUGUGACACUCUGAGGCUCUUGGGCUGUUUUUCUAGCCAGCAACAAUUAGAAGAGUGUGAUGACACACUGCUUUCGAAAGAGGAAAAUACAUUCCAUAAUUUAUUUAUAGGGAAUGUUCUCGAACCAAGCAUUCCAGAUCACAUUCCAGUACAGCUGUCGUACGCAUGUUUAGUUCUUCGGAUGCUGUAUGAUGUGGCUCUUGAUGCAUUUGAAAAACCUAACUUGAUGUCGGCCGUAACCUUCAAAUCUCCAACCCAUCGAAGACAUCAAUCAGAGUCGAAUCGUCCUCCAGAGUCACCAGUAUCAGCUCGCCGUGCGGUGGUGAAUUCUCUAAACUUGAAUCCACCUGCCCCGGACCCAAUUAUUGUCCACCCAGGUGUGGUUGUAGCCAUGCUUCAUCUCCUGCCUUCAGUACACCAUCAAGACUGUGCCCAGCUAUCACUCACAUUGCAGAUGUAUGCUUCAGAGGUACUGAAGAGUCUCGUUCGAUCAGAGCGAAAUCAGCAGAUAAUGUGUGAAGCUGGGCUACCUGGACAGUUGUUGGCAUGCGGCCGUGCAGCACUUGAAGAAGACACGCAUCCUCUUCACCCUCCACUUCAGUACAUGUUGGAGCGAUUAGCAGCCCAAACUCUAGAACCACGAGAUCUCAGAGAAUUUCUUCGACUUGGCGAUCCACUGUGCAGCAUUUCCAUGGAUGAUGUUGACCGUAUUUAUCCAUUGCGACCGCCUCAUUGUAAGCCCGGUGGUCCUGUUCCAUUAACACGUGUGAAAACUCUUGUAUCUAUGACAACGCCACGUGAUUUUCGUACUGUGCAUGGGAGCUCCAUACUGCCUCCAUUUGUUGAAUUCGAUAUGUCAGCUGAGGGUUUUGGAUGUUUAUAUCUGCCAAGUGUAGCACCUCAGAGCCCAUCAGGACCACCUGUCGUCACUGUGGGUGGUUUAGGAGUCCCAGCUGAUACAAGUGUUGUUGGCGGCAUUGGAUCAGGUGACAGAAUGUUCCCACCACAGACUGGUUUGAGCUACUCGUCAUGGAUUUGCGUAGACAAGUUUUCGGAUCCACGCACAGAUCCACACUGUGUUCGGUUGCUCACACUUGUUCGCAAUGGCCGUGAUCAUCAUCUAAUUUGUUUAGCUGUAGUGCUGUCAGCAAGGGACAAGGCUGUAAUUGUUUCCACUCAAGAAACUGUGAUGCCUCAUAGUAAUGCAGGAGAAUGGGAACCAGAGCCAAUGGGAGACUCGGGUGUGAGAAUUUGGUGUCCAGAAAUUUUGCAAGAAGGUCAAUGGCACCAUCUAGUGCUAAUUGUCAAUAGAGCUGUCCUUAAGAAUUCUACAUUUUCUCUGUAUGUUGAUGGACGCCCUGUGCAUACAAGAAAGCUACACUACAUCUCGCAGAACCCAGGAGGCGGUGCAGCAAAUCUGACUGUGGCAUCAUCAGUGUACGGGUACAUAGGGACGCCGCCAGUCUGGCGUCGCAACUCGCGACUUGUUUGGAAACAAGGACCUUGCCACUUGCUGGAAGAGGUUCUGAGCCCACAGACUGUCUCUCUUUUGCAUCAACUAGGGCCACACUAUAUGGGCAGUUUACAAGCACCGGAACUUAAUGGGAUUGAACCACUACCAUCAUUAAUCGCAGAGGAGAAAGUAAUAUUUGGAUUAAAUGCAAAAGCUGUGUCACAGCUUACAUUGGCAAAGAUCAGAAAAGUAUACAGUAGAGCUGACAAUAAAGCAAUUGCCAAACAGCUUGGUAUGUCAUCUCAUGAAAAUGCUACACCAAUUAGGAUACUGCAUAACUCUGCCGGUCAUUUGAGUGGCCCUGCACGCUCUCUUGGGGGUGUUGUUAUCGGGUACUUGGGAGUGCGUGUCUUCUCCCCGAGACCAGUUACCAAAAUGGUUGACAAUGUUGGAGGCUGUUCUGUUCUACUAGGGUUAAUCGCUAUGGCUCAAGAUGUGGAAAGUUUGUAUGCUGCAGUCAAGGCACUUGUGUGUGUCGUUCGCAGUAACAGAUCAGCACAGUUAGAAAUGGACCGUCGCCGUGGGUACCAGACAUUAGCUAUGCUGUUGCGCAAGAAGCGCCCUCUUCUGAAUAGCCACAUACUACAUUUAACCUUCAGCCUUGUUGGAACAGUUGACAGUGGUCGUGAAAGUUCUACUAUUCCAAACACAACUGCAUUCCAUGAUCUCCUCUGUGAUGUGGAGGUUUGGCACGAAGCACCAGGUGAACUCCAGCGUUCUCUGUUUGAACACCUCCUGGAACUAGUCUCGGAGUCUAGUGAGAAGCGUGCCAAUUUGCGUACAGUGAGAGACCUCGGCCUAGUGCCCCGCCUGCUGUUAGUCCUGCCGUCUGUGUCGUGUGCUCCCACACGGCAGGUCUUGUUACAACUGCUCGGCACCCUUCUGGCGGGAACACCGAGGCAUUCUGACCUUCUAGGGUUUGGACAAUUUGUAGCAGCAACACUUCCCGCUUCGCCUACAGCAGAUGAAAAGAAGAUAACGUUGCAAGAAGGUCAGAAUAGGCAACAGCCUGCCAUUACUGGAGAUGAACUGAGUCUCAUGGCAGUAGUACCCAUAUAUGGAGAUGAAGAAUCUGACAUGAUUACAGGAAUAGUGUUACGUAAUCGAUGUUUACAAUUGCUCCACUCUCUCCUGUUCACACCACGGAGUGCUGUUAGUACAACCUUCUGCGAAGAGGUCGUCCAGGUUCUUGGUCUAGACUGGGUGCUCUUGUUCCUCCAAGGCCAGCUGCAUCCGUCAACAGUUGUCUGGGGACUCAGGAUACUUGUGGUGCUGUGUUCCUGUCCACCAUUGCUGCAGAAAUUUCGUGAAGGUAGUUCUUGUGGAGGAUGGUUGAGAGAUGCCGAACUAGUGACUCGUAACAAGAUGGCAGCUAGUGUUCUGGGUUGUCAGUUUACACCAUCUACGCCAAAGUACCCAUUUUGUAGAGAAAUAAAAGCAGAAGCACUGGGAGUGCCUGGGUUUCAGAGGCUUGGGUACUUAAUGCCCCUGCACAUUGAUGUACCAGAGGUUUAUUUUCUUCUUAUGGCUUUAAUGAUGGGACAACCAGUGAAGUUGCUUCCUGCAGACUCGAAGCUUGACCUGGACAGUGUAUGGAAUUUCAUGUUUGGUGUACCUGUUAGCCAAUCGGUGACAAGUGUGGCAAGUCGGGUGUCUCUGUGUUCUGAAGCUAUCAUAGUUCUUUUGGGAAUGGUCCGAACAAUGCUUAACCAGGAGGGCAAAAGCCCAGAUAGUUUACCUGAAUGGUUGCGGGAUUACCCAGUGACAAUUAUACAGUUCCUAUUCUUUUUAUACCACAAUAUGGCAGAUUUCACGCCAGUGUGCAUGACUGGUGAAGUUUUGGGGGCAUUGGCAGGCACUCUUUUCCCCAGGCAAGCUGGAAGUGAAGCAGGUAGUGCAGCUUCAACACCCGGCGAUGAAGUGAAGACUUAUCCUGGCUCUGACUCCGCUGUCCUUGUUAGAUCUCCAUCAAAGGAUUCGGGUUUGAGCAACCACCCAGCAAGGAAAUUUGUGAUGGACUUCCUGCGCGUGAUUGUAGUGGACUCGCUAUCACUACCAUCACCUGGAAAAGGUCCUCUUGCAAUUGACUUAGUCCUUGAGGCAUCACCGGAGAAUGCAAGCAUGUCUCAGCAGACACGUUAUCAGACGGAGGUGUUGGGAACUCUGAUGGAGCACCUGCUGGCAGCCGACGUCCUCAUCGGGGAGCAGGCUGCACUGCCUGUAGUCCCUGGGGGGGCGUCUCAGUACAUUGCUCCCAAUGUGUGCUACCUCGCUUCACGUAUUGUGGACAAGCUUUGGCAGGGUACUUUUGCAAAAGAUCCACAUGAAGUAUUUGAGUUUGUGGUGAAAUUAAUAAUGCAGGCAAAGCGUCGCCCAUCAACAGUUUCCUUGGAAGGUCUUUACCAUUGCCUGAAUCGCACUAUAUUGUUCCUAUUGUCCCGCUCUACAGAAAACAUAGCUGACCAGAUGGCUGUACUGGAGGCACUCCACAAGCUUACCACGCAUCGAGGUCUAAUCUUUGGUGCAGGAAAUCAUGAACUGGAUUUUGUCGGCUGCCUAACAUACUGUUUAUUGCAACUUACAUCUGAUAUGAAAAUUAUGUUGGACACAAACAUAAAAACAACAUGGCAUGUAAAUCCUCAGACAGAUGAAACAGAGGAUAGGUUGACGUCUCACCAGGGCCACAACCUGAUGGCAGUGGCUGCACGAAGAGUCUGGGAAGAGCUGUACGUGUGCAAGAAACCUGCAAUUGAAGAGGUGUUUAAAAUAACACUUAAUUCACCAAACAACAAAGCUCCAGAUUUGACCACUGUAAGGGAACAAGUGUAUGAAUCAGCUACUCGCCUGUGGCUCAAUUAUGUGGAUAUGGAAAGAAAAGCAUCUUAUAGGGUUCCUUGGGAAUUACAUAAUCAAAUACAAUCUAAAAUCCAGAAAGUUACUGGUGGCCUGACUCGCUUGGCAAGUCGAACGAAGGUGAAGAAGGAGGAAACGUUGCGUGUAAAACAGUCCCAUCUAUCUAUGGUUGACGUUGCCACGUACACUCUCAACCAUGUCAAUUUGGUAAGGGAGUUGGUAGAAAUACGGGCAAAGAUGCAUCACCAGACUCAGACUCACACUCAACGAUAUGUAUUCGAGGAGUGGCUGCAGACUGAGACGGAACUGACACGAGAACGGGGCCUUUGGGGUCCAGUCACAAGCAGUCGGUUAGAUAAGUGGAUGCUAGAUAUGACUGAGGGGCCAUGUAGAAUGAGGAAGAAGAUGAUGAAAAAUGAAUUGUUUUAUAUACAUUAUCCUUACAGACCUGAACUUGAAAUUGGAGACAAUAGAGCACUGAAAUACAAAGUUGCAACAAGCUGGGACAGUAAAGAGUUUUAUCAGAAAUACCGCCCCCAGACCUUGUUUGAGCGUGAACGUGACCCCAUCAUGGAAGCUGCUCUUCCUUCUGAAGAAACUACAACAGACAUACAGCUGCCAGAGAAUGGUGACGACAUCAGAGACUUAGGUCUGCACCAUGUGCCAUGUGCAUUGGAAAGGCAUGGUGUGCAUCGUUCUAUAUCAGAACCUGAAGAUGCUGGAGACGAUGAUGCAACAGACACAACAGGAAGUGAAGAUCAGGAUUCUGCUCCAGAUAACCAUACACUUCCUCGUUUACUGGAAGAACAAGAAAAGAUCAGUUACAUGUUUAGAUGUGCACGUAUUCAAGGCCUGGACACAACUGAAGGGGUUCUGUUGUUUGGUAAAGAACACUUUUAUGUAAUAGAUGGCUUCACUGUUGAUAGAUCACGUGAUAUACGUGAUAUAGAAUUACUACCUGAACAUGACCACGAUCCAAUUCUUCCGAGUCCUGGGAGUCCGAGACGCUCACGAGCUAUGAGACAGUGUUCAAAAUUUGCUUAUGAAGAUAUAAGGGAAGUUCAUAAAAGGCGCUAUCUUCUCCAACCUAUGGCUCUUGAAGUGUUUUCUGGAGAUGGCCGCAAUUACUUACUAGCAUUUCAAAAAAAGCAGCGUAACAAGGUGUAUCAGAGGUUUAUGACAUUUGCCACAGCCAUCGCAGAUAGUGCGCAGCAAUCUGUAGCUGGUCAAAAGAGAACGGCAAAUGUGGAACAAGGGGCAGGGUUACUUUCAACUCUAAUCGGAGAGACAUCUGUCACACAGAGAUGGGUGCGUGGUGAAAUCUCCAAUUUCCAGUACCUGAUGCAUCUGAAUACUUUAGCUGGGAGAUCAUAUAAUGAUCUAAUGCAGUACCCUGUAUUCCCGUGGAUACUAGCUGACUAUGAGAGUGAAGAGUUAGAUCUGACUGACUCGCAAACUUUCAGGGAUUUCACAAAGCCGAUGGGAGCACAAAGUCCAGAGAGAUUGGAACAGUUCAAAAAAAGGUAUAAGGAAUGGGACGAUCCUCAUGGUGAGACUCCACCUUAUCAUUAUGGCACUCAUUAUUCAUCGGCCAUGAUUGUGUGCUCUUAUCUUGUGAGAAUGGAACCUUUUACUCAGCAUUUCCUUCGUUUGCAGGGAGGACAUUUUGAUUUGGCUGAUCGCAUGUUCCACUCAGUACGAGAAGCAUGGUUAUCAGCGUCGAAACAUAAUAUGGCAGAUGUUAAAGAACUGAUACCUGAGUUUUUCUAUCUCCCAGAGUUCCUUUGUAAUUCAAAUAACUUCGAUUUAGGUUGUAAGCAGAAUGGUGUUCAGUUGGGUGACGUAGUGUUGCCACCUUGGGCCAAGGAAGAUCCGAGAGAGUUCAUACGGGUGCACCGGCUGGCACUUGAGUGCGACUACGUGUCGCAGCAUCUGCACGAGUGGAUUGACCUGAUAUUUGGAUGCAAGCAGCAAGGACAGGCUGCUGUUGAGGCUGUUAAUGUGUUCCACCAUCUCUUCUAUGAAGGAAACGUUGACAUUUACAAUAUUGAUGAUCCUCUGAAGAAGAAUGCAACUAUUGGUUUCAUCAACAACUUUGGUCAGAUUCCAAAACAGCUUUUCAAGAAGCCUCACCCAGCUAAAAAAAUAAGUCAUCGUACAUCAGUGAUAGAUCCAGGCCCAAUAACACCAGGGCUGAGUUUUACUACAGGAGAUAGGUUAUUCUUUCAUAACCUGGAUAAUCUUCGACCUUCACUACAACCCAUCAAAGAACUUAAGGGCCCAGUUGGACAAAUCUUACAUGCUGAAAAAAACAUUUUAGCAGUGGAGCAGAACAAAGUAUUGGUACCUCCAGCUUACAACAAAUAUGUGGCUUGGGGCUUUGCAGAUCACAGUUUACGCAUUGGUAAUUAUGACAGUGAAAAGGCUGUGUUUGUUUCUGAGGCAAUGGUACAGAGCAAUGGGGAAGUUGUUGCUUGUGUGUGUCCCUCUCCUAAGCUAAUUAUCACAGCUGGUACUAGUACGGUUGUCACCAUUUGGGAGUACAACAAGAAACAGUUAAACAUAAAGCAGUGCCUUUACGGACAUACUGAUGCAGUGACAUGCCUGGCUGCAAGCCCAGCAUACAAUGUGAUUGUGUCAGGCUCUCGAGAUGCAACAGCUAUUGUGUGGGACUUGUCGCGCCGCAUCUUUGUUCGGCAGUUGCGGGGCCAUGCUGCUCCUGUAGCUGCCGUUGCUGUGAAUGAACUCACUGGUGAGAUAGCAACCUGUGCAGGGACAUGGUUACAUUUGUGGAGUAUAAAUGGCGACGAGCUUGCAAGUGUCAAUACGUGUGUUGGGAGAGCAGAUAGAAUGCAGCAAAUACUGUGUGUUGCCUUUUCUCAGACCCACGAGUGGGACUCACAGAAUGUGAUCAUGACUGGCUCUACAGAUGGUGUGGCGAGAAUGUGGUCCAUUGAUUAUGUCCAAGUACCAAAAGAAGAAACAAGACCACUGGUGAAAGAAGGAAGUGAUAGUAAUCUGGUGUCAGAGGUUGCAGAAGUGGAUUCCAGUGACGGCAAACCGUGUGCACCCACUGACACCAGGAACAUUCGUGUCCAAGAUCUAGUGAAGCAAAUGAGUAUAUCAGCUGACUUUACAGCAGACUCCCAAGGUUUGCUAAAUAAGAGUGGCUCUGAGAGCAGUUUGUCAGAUGAGGAUGCCCCUGAGGCAGCUUGUGACACAUCUAAGAAGGAACUAGAAGCUGCCAGCAUAGAAGAGAAAGAAGCCUGCAGUGAUGACGAUAAGGUACCUCAAGAAGAGGAAGUGUUUACAGAAGACAGUGUCACUGCUAAGACUAGUGACACACGUUCCAGGGAGAGGUCUGUUAGUGCCAACGAUCCUGACAACUCCGAUGUGGGAAAGGAAGCUGGGAAGGACGAGGUGCGCGAAGUUUCACCCUGUCAGGCCGAGCGCCUCCACAAGGGCGACUUGCACCGACAGCACGCCGUCAGAGGCGCUAGCACAGACUCCUCAGACUCGCUAGUGGUGUUGCGCCGCAGGUCGUCAGCUCGUGCUAACCCACAGUUCCGCAAAAGUGAAGGCAGCACGCUGAUAAUGUCGGCAGCUCUGUCGGAGAGCGACAGCAACUCGGCGGGUCUCGACGGGCCUCUGCCCGCUGGUGGAGUCGUGGCAGUGGGUGAGGAGGGUGCUAGGAUUCGUGCGAGCAAAAGUGAUACUAGCCUUCCUGAUUCAUUUGUUAUUGUGGAGCAUGCAGACACGAUUGAAAGUUCGCCUACAACAAGGACCAGUGUCGACACCAGCUGUGUGCCCAAUAAUAGGAUUCGCCGCAGAAAUCCGCAGAAUGUACUGAGAGAAGGUUUCCGCUGGCAGAGGCAGCUAGUGUUCCGCAGUAAGUUAACAAUGCACACAGCCUACGAUCGCAAGGACAACGCAGAACCCGCAUCAGUGACGGCUCUCGCGGUGUCACGAGAUCACCGUGCUGUAUUCGUGGGGGAUGCACGAGGUAGAGUGUUUUCUUGGAGUGUGUCUGAUCAGCCAGGGCGGACAGUAGCUGAUCACUGGGUCAAGGACGAAGGGACAGACACUUGUGCAGGCUGUGGAGUGCGCUUCACACUCUACGAACGCCGUCACCAUUGCCGUAGUUGCGGAGGACUCUACUGCUCCAGGUGUAGUCGUUUCGAAUCAGAAAUAUCGAAACUUCGUAUCCUGAAGCCAGUUCGUGUGUGCCAACGCUGCUAUACUUUGUUGCGGCCCCAGCACGCUUCAGGUGAUAGUGGUACAUAGUUCCCAGUGUUAGUGAUACACAGCAACCAGCAUCCUUCAUAGAGAAUAGUAGUUCACACCGUUGCCUGGUGUAUGUCAAUUCACCUCAGGAGGUAUUGUAUCAUGUGAAAUCCUCUUUCAUUUCCAUAAGGUGCAACUUGUAUUAUGACUAGCAGUAUUGAUGAUACAAACAAUAAUGGAUUUUGUUACUUAGUUGAUUAAUGUAUUGGUAAAGCUGGAAUUAUGAGUAAUGCAACUGUCAAAUUAUUGGGCAUAAAUGUGAGGAAGCAGGGGUAAAAGAAUGCUUUGUCUUUUUGGAAGACAAGUUGUAUGAACACCAAAUAAUAAAUGUAUCAUAGUUUUGUUAUGCUUUUGUACUGUAUUUUGUAAGUUCAAUUUGCUGCAGGGUGUUAAUAAAUGUCAGUCUCAACAGUCAUAUGUAUAGUCAGUGCCAUUUGAUGCUCCAAGUCAGAUGCUAGUUUUAUGUGAAAUUUUAAUAACUAGAAAUGUCUUCAGAUUUUAAUUCUUGAAUGCUAAUAAUUGUGAGUUUUUCCUCCCUUUGUUGUUGUUCUUGUUCUUGUAAUGACCUAUGGCUGUGUCAGUCUCUACCACCCUCCUUUUCUCUCUCAUGCUGUCUGGAUAAUAAGUCAUAGUUAUAAAUACAUAGUAAAUUGACAGCAGUGGAAUUUCCACAAAUAUUUCUUUAAGUUCCAUUAGAUCUGUGGUGGAGCUGAAUAUGACGAUGAACUUUGUUUCUUCAGCUUUUUUGUGAUUCUUUUUAAAUUAUUAUUGUUAGAAUAGCCUUGUAAACUGGUCUUUAUUGUUUUUACAAUUACUAAAAUUUAAUUUUCAGUUAAUCAUUGUUAUAAAGCUGUUAAUUUACAUUUUGUAAUAAUAAUUAUUCUUCUUCUGAAUGAAGAAUUUUAAUUGCUAGUUUUGUUCUUCUGAAAGAAGAAUUGUUGUUACAGUUAUUAAGUGUAAUUUUCAAAUUUUCAGUUAAUCUUUGUUAUACGACUAUUAAUCUACAUUUUGUCCUAAAUAUUGGUUUGUAUAAAGGAAGAUAUGUUUUGAUAUUGUGUUGGCAGUCUCCCAGUAUUUACAAGAAAAGUAUUGAUAUGGAAUUAUGCACUCCAAUACUGGCAUUCUUUCCACUUGGUAGUCUUAGAUGUUGGACAGUAUUUAUAAAUAAAAUAAAUAUUUUUGUUGCCAGCAAAAUUUGCCAGUAUUAUGUUCAAUGGUUCUAAUACUUUCAAGCAGGAAAGAAAUGAAAAAAAAUAUGAAAAAGUGUGUUCUAUACAUUCUUUCAUAGUAAAGAUACACUUAGUUCAUUUGCUGAAAAUUUUAGUUAUUUGUUCAUUUGAUGUAUUAGCACAAAUUAUGAAGUUUCAGAAUGACAUUACUUAGCACAAAACUGGAGUGUUUUUAUGUUAGUUUUAAUAUGAAAUGAAAUGGACAUUAAUUUAAAUUAUAAGUUUUGCUUGAUCUCUUGCAAUAUUCUAGGAUUUUUAAGUAAUUUUAUGUCUGUUGAAACUUUUGUGUGUUUUCCCGCUUUAGAUUGGAAAUAUUUUUAUUUUUUGCCUACUGCCAUCUUUCAAUACUACGAGAGGAGAUUACUAGGCCUAUAAUGUCUUGCUAGUUAAUUUGGAAAGUACAUAUAGAAGAUAAUGUCUGUCCAUUCACUUUGUAGACAGUGCAGUAGCUUUGUCAUUAACUUAUAAUAUAGAUGAACAAAUCAUGACAGAGAAAAGUGUGUUUACAAAUGGCGGUACCUGAGGAAGAUGGCUAUGGCAUGUUGCAUAUAUCAUUAUUUAAACGAAGUAUUAAAUUAAAAGAAGAAGGAUGAUUUAUCUAGAAGCUUAUAAAAAUACUGUUACCAAACACUUGACUUGUGUAAUUAUUGUGUGGCUGGUGUAAACGAUAUAUUAGUUUAUGCUCUCAUAUGUUGCUACUUAGAUGUUUGCUUGUUGAAUUUAAUCCAUAGCUUACUGAGCAACACAUUAAUUAUUAAGUCAUUAUCUAUUUUUGCAUUCAACAUAGACUUAAAUAUUUUGGGUUUAGGUGUCUGUUUUGUUAAGUAUACGUUAGACACCCUUCACUUUGAAAGCUAAAUCUGGAAAGUAGACCAAAAAUGCAUUUGUCAUUCAUAAAAUAGAGAAUGCCAGAAGAUAAUGUGCAUUUCUAAUUUACUUCCGUUAACAUUAUAUGACAGUUUAGAAAUGGCACUCAGUGUGGAUAUAUUUUUAAUAAAUUGUAUUUUAAUUCUAGUGAUACCAAACACAUUUUACACUUCUUACACUUGCUGGAACGAUGUGAGUUAGAUCCUUUUAAGCUGUUAAUUUUAAAUUAUCAUAGUUUGCCUGUACACUUGUGUAAAUUUAGGUAUGCAUCAUCAUACGCCCUAAAAUAUCGUUUUCGACUCUUUGAAUGUUUAACAAAAAUAAUAAUUCCGUUCUGAAGCUUCAAGAGGUCUCAGUACAGUAUGAAAUUGCUGCAGUCUGAAAGAUUAAUUCUGUUUCUUAUUGCUUGUUUCUCAUCAACCCAUGGUUUUAAAUUCUGUGUUUAAAAAAUACAAUACGUAAAGCAUAACCAAGUAACAUUUAAUCAUAAAAUGUUUUCUAAAUUAAGUAAAUCACUUGCUGCAUCACACAAGUCUACAUUUACCUUCUGAAAAAGUGUUGCCUUUAAAUAUUUGGUCCUUAGUGACUCGGAACAUAUCUCAACAGAUGAUCAACCAAGCAGCUGUUACAAAGAACACAUACUUCACAAGUGAAAGUAGGUUAUUUUUGUCCUGUGUGACAUAGCAGUUACACCCCUCUUCUCAAAAUAUUGCUUUGUUCCAAAUUCAUCUUUUAUCAUGGUGCAGAUACGAGACCACAGUAUUUGUUGUUAGUUUCUUGCCCUUGAUUCUUCACCACUUUAUUCACUUGGGUCGUUAAUUUGGCAACUCACUUGCAGUGCUUACAAGUAUGGCAACAUCUGUGUCAGCUACUACUUGUCUGUAUUUCUAAUUGGUUUAUAGGUCUGUUAUUGUAUUUUGUCCCAUUCAAACAAAUUUUUACUUUGUUCAUAACUUGAACUUAUGAAUCUUAACAUGAAAAACCAAAAAGAUGAACUAGAGUGGUGAAAAUAGCCCAAAGAAAACAAAUCAGUCACAACAUGGCUCAGUAUACGUAGUCUCUCUCUCUCUCUCUCUCUCUCUCUCUCUCUCUCUCUCUCUCUCUCUGUAAUCCACCCCCACCCUCCUCUCCCUUCUCUUUCUUUUCCUCUGUAUCUCUUUCUCUCUCACAUUUUGAAUACAAAAGCUGAAGAGGAAUUCAGUUCUCUGUGCUGUGCUGUUGUUUUCGAAGUAAAUGUGUCAUGACAGUCAUUGUGUUAGGCCCUAUGUCAUAAUUUUCAUAUAACUGAUCCUUUGUUCAAUUGAGAUCAGUCUUCAAAACGUGAUUGCCUUGUACACUUAAUACUAAAUUAUUAUUUAGUACUUUUGUUGUAAAGCCCAAAAAAUAAUAUAUAAGAGUUCUUUAUAUAUUACAGGCAUUUAUUAUACUUAACAAAACCUGUGAAGACAGUCGUCACACCAACACAUAAAUGACUGUGCAAUAUAAGAAAUGUAACGUAACUGUACUUACAUUCACAAUACAUACGGGCAAGCUUGGCACAUACCUACAGUAUUUUAGUAAACUAGGAAGAAGUCAAAACGAUUUGGGUAGUACAGAAAUAAAAAUGUUUUGUCAUUGUAAUGCUGCUUUUAUAUACUGCCAGACUUAUAUCAAAACAUGACUAUUUUCUGUGUAUUCUACAUAAUACAAAUUGUACAAUUUUUAUACUCAAGUGAAAAAUUCAUAACCCUAAUCUCCGAUAAGUGAAAAGGCUGAAACAUCUGCUCAGCUGCUGUUAUCUGUUCCUGUAAGCUAUUAUUUUGUUUAUUUUGGCCAUAUUUUAAUUGAGUUUUGUGAAACAGACAUACUGUUUGACAUUGCCGAGUCAUUCUACUUCUUACUACUGAAUUCUGAAAGUGUAAGUACCAUUGAGAUUGCCUUGUUUCCUCCUAGCUGCUAUUUGAUUUGAAUAAAAAGUCAUGAUCAUACUUCUGAAGAAUAAAUUGAUAGUUUAGGAACAACAUCAAUUUGUCAUUUAUAAAACACCAUUUUUCUUCUACCAACUAGCUGUGUCUUCUUUCUCUUGGCGUCAUUCCAAACCAUUAUUUUUUAUUUUAAAAAUCUAAACAUAUACAGCACCAUGGUUUUCUCAAGUUCCAAUAACAAUAUUACAUUACCAAAUACAUAGGCCUUAUGAUAUCAGUAGAACUCCUCUCAAAAGUGUUGGCAUAUAUAUCAACUACUUAAAUGGUGUCUUGUCCAGGUGGUGGUGGUGGUGAUUGUGGAGUAUUUUGUGCAUUGUGAUACUUUCUGCUAUAUUGUGGAGCUUGAAUGGCAAAAAAAUUGAAUUAUUAAAUAAACUGGUCAUUCUGACUGCUGCCCACAUUUGUAAGUUCAUCCUUCCUUGCAAAUUGUCUGUACACUUUGGUGUCCACACAGCUGCAAAUUUUUGUAUGUUUAUUUAUGUCUAACCAUUUUAUUUUUUUCCUAGAGCACACUAUUAUGUAUGAGGCAACAGUUCCCUCUACUGUUUUUGCUUAAACUAAACCUGUACCUCCCUCAUUCUACUCACUUUUCUCGUAUCAUAUCUUAGAUCAGAUAUUUUACUCAUUGGCAAAGGCAUUCACUUAAUCAUCAGGCUAUCACACUCCUUUGCAAUUUCUCUCUCUUCCAGGUAUGCAAAUAGUAGGCAUGGAUGAUGUAGUGGUGUGACCUCUCUCUCUCUCUCUCUCUCUCUCUCUCUCUCUCUCUCUCUGUCCCUAACACAGACACACACACACACACACACACACACACACACCAUGCCCCUCCCAUUCCCUUUUUAGCCAGCUCAGUUUUUGUAAAAGAGAAAAAGAAAGUUAAAGGUUCAAAAGUUGGAUUGUUUUCUGGAAUAUGGAAUUGAUCUGCUAUAUAGAAUAGUACUGGUUAUGAUGAUUGUUGAGAACAUAGACAUUAGUUUAGUAGGAAUUGCAGAAUUUUGACAAGAAUUAAUCAUUUAUAACAUUUUGAAACUGAAGAAUAAACUGCUAAGAAUGCCUAAAGUAUGUUUUACACAGUGUACCUAACUGUACCCAAGUCUGAAGUGAAUUAAAAACAAAAGACUGGAAAUUGUUGAAUGGCAAUUAAGUUUAACAGAGCUUUGGAGCAGUUUCGAGACAAUGAAGAUUUAAUUAACCAAGUGUUCAACAAAUUUUUCCGUUUCAAGAUUUAUUACUGUGAGAAGAUCACUGCAAUGUACAAGGCUUUAUUUCUGUGGUUACAAGAGUAAGAUAAACAAAUUUGGAAGAUAAAAUGAGGAAGCAACUGAAAUGGAUAACACAGAAACUGCUCUAGUGUUUUGUUUUGUCUUUUUAGCACUACUAUUCUGUCGCCUCUGUGUGUUGUGACCACUGUAAUGAUAAUUUAAAUAUGUAACAAAGUAAUUGUAAAUUAGCCCUCUGACACUGAGACUAAAAGAAUGAAGUAGAAGUGAUAUUUGGUACAACAUUAAUAGAACAGAAUUUUUGCAUUCCAUUUUUGUAUUAAACAGACCUGUGUACACAGGGAUUGCAUAAAUGAAGGCAUCUCCUCCUUGAGAUAGACUGUUUAUGUUUAGUACCUAAUUAAAACAACUAGGGGGCCAUGUCUUUAUUAGUAAUUUAUUUUUUUAUGGUUAGGAAAUGUAUGUUUGUAUAGUAAUGUGCAUUGUUUUUCUUUCAUUGCUGUGUACAUAAUGUUGAUAUAACAAUGUGUGUGAUAAGCAUUGCAUAGAAUUCUUCUAGUCGAGUGCAAAUAAUAGGCAAACAAUAAACAAAAAAGUAUUACUUGUUAAAAUUUCACAUGGGUGUUAACAGCAGCUCUCUUACAUGUCAUUUGGCAUGGUAUAGCACAAUAAUUCUUUAAUAGCAUGUUAAAUGCCAAAGACUCGUGGGAGGUUUAAGUGAAAAGCUGUGUAAUAAAAAACUUAUGAAACACUAUUCUUUGUUUUUAUGGUUAAAAUAAUGUAUAUAACAUCUUGAAUUGUACUCGAGUUUCAUAUUUGAUGGCUGUAAGGCAUGCACAAUAUUUUGAUUGUUUCAGUAGGAGAGAGAUAUGUGGUGCAUGUAUGUAUGUUGUAUGUAUGUAUGUGAGAGAGGAGGCACAGAAGAGAAUUGGAGUAUAGCAAGCUAUUUCUGUCAUCAUGUAUUGUGUGGAUGCAUUCUUAUCAUGUGGAAAGAAGAAU